AUGUCAAGCGAAAUCACAGCAACCAAUAGUAAGAGCAGUAUUCUUAUUACUGGAGCAACAGGAACUAUUGGAAAGCAUUUAUUGAAAGCCCUUUCAGAACAGAAAUCAUUUGGUCAAUCAGUGAAGGUUUUGGUGAGAAAUGUUGAAAAGGCAAAACAAGAACUUGUAAAUUAUGUAAAUAAUCUUGAUGUAGAAUAUGUUCAAGGUGACUUGAAUCAACUCGAAUUAAUUCCAUCGAGUACAUUUGAAAAGAUUGAAAGGGUUUUCGUUUUAACAUUGAGUGCACCAAAUCAACCAAAAGUGGAAGAGCAAUUAAUUGACAAGAUUCUUCAAUAUUCAAAGUAUGAUUUGAAACAAGUGAUAAGAUUAUCUGGAUUGGGUGCUUCAACAACUAUUGAAUCGAAUAGUUUAUUCAGAUAUCAUGGCGAUUCUGAAGUUGUAAUUGGUAAUUUACUUUCGAAUAAGGCACCAAAUGUUUCCUACGUAAUUUUAAGACCUAAUCUAUUCAUGCAAAACUUCCUUAGAGAUGACAUUCAUUCCAUCAAAAACUCAUCUCAAUUCUUCAAGCCAAGAAAUGACCAUGGAGUUCCAUAUCACAUUAGUCAUGUCGAUGUUAGAGAUAUUGCUGAUAUGGCUGCUCAAAUUCUCACCGAAAAUCCAAAUAUUCACGGAGGACAAGUUUACAAUAUUACAGGACCUCAAUCUUUAAAUUAUGAUCAAGUAGCUGAGAUUAUUUCCAAAGUUAUUGGAAGACAAAUUACUUGGGCAAGAAUUGAUGAAAUUGAGUUGGCUAAUCAAUUAGGUCAAUUACCAAAGUUUUUAGUAUUUGGACUGGUGAGAUUAUUCCAAUUUUACAAAUUGAAUGGAACCUCUGCUAAUGUACAUGCAGAUUUUGAGAUUGUUACUGGAAAGAAACCAAGAUCUUUGGAACAAUUCAUUCAAGAAAAUAAACAUCAUUUUGAAUAA